UCCAGAGCACUGAGGGAUUACCAGGUCAUGAGGAAGAUUCGGUUCGGAGUCUCCCAAUGAUAAACCAAAGAACUGGAGUCUCCCAGCGCCUGAGGGCAUCUGUGCAGAAUGUAGAGGUGCUGCCAAACCGAGCCGGCAUGAGGCCAAAAUCCAUCAGUAUCUCAUCUGCCCGUCCUGUCAGGCAGGAUGCUGUUAUGGGGGCACAAGAUGCAGAGCAGCAACCAGAAACUGAUGUGGAUCCAGACCUGGAGAAGGCUAACUGUCUCUAUCAGCAGGCACGCAAGAUCAUUCACCUGCGCAAUGCAGCAGAAUCUCUUGACAAGAGAACUAAUGCAGACCUGAGUGGCCAAGGGCCUUCACCCCUUCAAGCCAGAACAGGCCAGAGGUGUGAAAGCAUUGACUUUUGUGAAGGUGAGAUGUCCUCUUGCAGCCCGCCUGUGACAGCACCACCUGUCUCUAGAGUCCGCUUACCCCCGUCUUGCCCCUCUGUGCGCCACAGAUUUCCAAGCCCUCCUGUGUUCAGACCUCAGUCCACCUCUAAGCCCUCAUCUCGCCCAAGUUCUCCAAGAACUGUAACACGUGCCACAGAUAACAACACUGAGGAGAUUGUACCAUCUGUGUCCUUUCAUGAUGCCCGUUCAGUCUUCUGUCGAAACGAGUCACACCACUCUCAGACCAGCUUCUCCUCUGGAAGACCAUGGGGAGAGGUCUCCAGAGGCAGGCUGCCCACAAGAGGGACAGACAACUCUACCCGUCGCACCCAGUCAGAGCAGAGACCCAGUUUGACUUCCCAUUCCGAAUUUUCCAAAGAUGGCAGCUCAGCUUCUGCUCAGGCCAAGGGAAGUGAGCCGGUCUCUACAACAUACAGGCCGGGAAGCCCUCUGAUGACAGGAGAAAACACCCAGUCAGAUCCAAGCACUGCUGACACAACGGCCUAGAACCCAGACGUGAUUGGCCAGGGUUUCUAAAGUGAAAUAUCAUGUGGGAAGAGAAUGGAGAAAGGGAUUAUGGAUUAGCAGGAUCAAGUUUAGCCCCUUUCUCUUUUCUCUCCUGUCCUAACAAGCAAGUCUUAUCCCAAAAGUGGGUUUUAGAUGUUUUAUAUUAAUUCAAGUGGUUAUUAAGGGCCUGAACAUUUUUCUCUGAUUGACCCCUGAAGACAUUAUUAUUAUCUGUCUUUCAGUUUUAGAGGCAUAUUUAAUCUAUACUGAAUGUAAAAUCUAUAAUCUACAUUGAAUUUGUCCAAAGUUAAAUAUACAUGUACAAAUGUUGCUAUGGCAACCAUUGGCAACCCUAAAUAUCCAUUUAGUUCACUGUCGAGGCUAAGAGCUUGGGAUUUGGACGUUCUAUUGGCUGCUAUACCAAAAUUGAAGUGUACGCCUUUCAGUUAAAUAACUAUUCAUUUUAACUUUUUUUUCUUUAUUUUGUCUUUGGAUGGUUUGUAAUAGCUUCGUAUCUGUGUUAACAUGUUUUCUACCUGGAUUGUGUCCCAAUAAAAGA